AUCAUGGCUGUUCGUAUCGAACAGUUGGUGUCGAGACUGGUCGGUUCUUUUGGCUCGCGCAUUUGUCGGGGUUUCGAGUUCCGACGCGAUUCCCUCGAAAAUUGUCCGCAUACGGAGGGUGCUGGUACGAUCCACGAUGCGUUGGCUACCGUCUCCUAACCUGACCAAGCCCCGUCCAAAUAUCCAAGCUCUUUCAUCUUGUGUCCCAAAAGGCAGUGCAGCCUUGUCAGACCGGGCAACGCUGGAUGCGACCGUCUAGAGCCUCCCCGAAUCCUACCCCAGGACGGCACUGCCACGGCGGAAGAAUCGUACAUGGUGCACUGGCGGAGGUCGAGAUACCAUGCGAGUCCGGUAGUAAUUACCCCGGUCGAAGAAACAAACCGGCGAGUCGACAAGUCACAAUGACCGAGGCAGACAGAGGUCGAGCGCGUGUCGGGGGGGGUUGCCAGAGGGGAGGGAUCGGGACAAGCAAAUGGGAAGAAGCUCUCGUUUACUCACCAUGCACUGGGCCAGAUAAGCGAAAAGAAGCGAGCCGAAUGACUAUAGCACCAAAACACGCAAUGCGGCACCAAAUAAUCUCCGCAUUUGGGGGUGGGAGGGGGAAUAUGGGAAUGCGACAGGAAAAGGCUGUUGCGCAGAUAAACGAGCGAGGCAGAGAGAGCGCGAGAGCUUCGGAGCCGCGAAAGAAUAGUGAGAGGGUGAGAGAGAGGGAGAAAGAGAAGAAGUUGAGUGAGUGAGAGAGUCAGUCCCCGGACUCUUGGUUUGGUCUGCGCCGACUACGCCGACGGGGAAAAUUAAUACGGGCAGAAAAAUUCGAUGCAAAAAAAAGGGAAGGGUCCAACGGUGGUCAGUCAGUCAGUGGCAACCAGACUUGAAUCCAUAUUCAACAACUGACAAGGUAUUGUACAACCAUCACUAUGUGAUUCUUUAUCAUUCUCCUUAACAUCUAAUUUUUGUGUUCUUUUGGG